AUGGCCAAGCCGAAGUCUACCGCUUCGAAAACGUCACCAGGUAAAGGAUCGUCCUCCUCGGCAUUGCUGAACCUUUCGGGUGUAUACAAAAAACUCAUACAGUCGUACCAGACUAAGACGCCCUCGCGGAUCAAAUUGCUGGACGCAUUUCUCCUGUUCCUCUUCGUCACAGGCGUCUUGCAGUUCAUCUACUGUGUGCUUCUGUCAGACUAUCCUUUCAACUCGUUUCUGGCUGGCUUUUCCGCGACGGUAGGCCAAUUCGUCUUCGCGCUAUCGUUGCGCAUGCAGAUCGGCACACUGGCCGACGGUAAGCCACGCGUACCUGAAGGACGUGCGUUUACAGAAUUUCUCCUGGCAUCCAUGGUGCUGCACUUUUUCGUCGUCAACUUCCUUGGCUAA